AUGAAUGCAUUACGGUGCGAGGCACACAAUGAACGUUUGUCUGUAUUUUGUGGUACAUGUGAUCGAGCCAUUUGUCAUCGUUGUGCGCUCUUUGACGGUCGCCAUGGCCAACAUUCCUUCCGUCCCCUAGACGAAGUUUAUAAAGAGCACGUAGAUCGCAUCAAAAGUGAAUUGGAGAAGCUGAAGCACCGACGUCGUGAGGUUCAUGCUCUUAUUCAGGAUGUGGAAAGAAAUAUCAGUUCCGUUAAGCAAGCAAAGGAUGAGCGUGUUCGGGAAAUUCGAAACGCUGUCGAAUUAAUUGUUGUACGCUUGGAAUCAAAUCUUAACGGAAAAUUGACUACUUUGACAGCACAGCGCAAUCACCUUAAUCAGGAGACAGAAUUAUUGGAUUCACUUUUGCAAGAAGUUCAGACUCAGUUGAAUUCAGCAACAGCUGCCAAUAUUAUAUUCAGAUAUCCAGCUCUUUCGGCAAUGUUCGCUGAAGUUCACAAGACUCCUAUGGCAUCUUUCGUCAGUACUCCUGUUCCUGCAGAAUUUCAAAGUGAAAUCGUUCCACCCUAUGAUUCAAGUACCUUUGUAAUCCAGAACUUCAGUCUGCUGAGGCAAAGAGUUGACCCUGUCUAUAGUCCUCCACUGCAUGUUGGCGGUCUCAGCUGGCGACUCAAGGUGUACCCAGAUGGUAAUGGCGUUGUCCGUGGACACUACUUGUCGGUUUUUCUCGAACUGUCUGUCGGUAUAAUGGAACCUGCGAACCAUAGUAAUCUGACGCCUAAACAUUGCCAUCAUUCACACUCUCCUUGCUUCCUAUUAUUGCAUUUUUUGCUUCAUUUAACCUAUGGGUAUGAGUAUCGCGUGGAGUUGGUUCACCAAGGGACGCCGCCAGACCCCACGAAGAACAUUUUACGUGAAUUUGCCUCAGAAUUUGAGGUUGGUGAAUGCUGGGGCUACAACCGUUUCUUCCGGUUGGAUCUUCUUGCUAGCGAAGGCUACCUCUCCGCAGUGAAUGAUACCUUAUUCCUCAAAUUUCAUGUUCGCGCGCCGACUUACUACCAAAAGUGCCGUGACCAGCAGUGGUACAUUUCACAGCUUGAAGCUCACGAGGGCCACUUCUUGGCACAAAUGGCGGAUUACAAGGAUCGCCUGAACACCGAAAUCAUUCGCCCAUCGGCAACAACAACGACAAAUCCCUCAGGAGAGAGACCUGGGCCUUCAGCCGUCUUGCUCACCGGUUCUUCUUUGCAGGACUCUUCCAGUGACCACAAACGCUGCAAUUGUGUUGGAGAAGGCGAUUGUGGAGAAUGUCUGCGCCCUCCCACGAGUUCGGAACGUUGUCCUGCUCCGACUCCGUCCACCGCUGCUGCUGCUGCCACUGCCGUCACUCCUCUUAAUUUCAGUGAAGAAGAGCGCAAUCCAGCUCCUGUGUUUCCAUCUGUGGUUGUGCGUUCGAACCUUGCUCAUGAUGGAGGUGACCAAGCGGGACGCGAAGACCGCAAUGACUUUGAUGGUGAAGAUGAAGAUGAUGAAGACAAUGGUAGUGACACUGAGGGCAUUGUAGGGAACUUUGAGCUUGAAGAAGCAUGCUCUCCAGCUGGUGAAGACGAUAUGGUAUCGGCCGACGAGGAUAGGAAUGUUUCGCCAUCAAUUAUUGAUUUUGAACAGCAACGACGAAAUCCAGGAGACUCAAGCGAGGACGAUGUCGGUAGGACACAUUCCUUUCUCGUCCCUAUGUCCACAGAUGUGACCGACUUCGCGGCCUCACAGAGCAACUGUAGUAACAGUGCUGUCGCCGCUAUCUUCAGUCAGUAA